GGAGGGGCUUCUAAACGACUAGAAAUGUCAAUCUGAGCAAGGGAGUCCCAAUAAUCUGAAACAAUCUGUAAGGACCUGACCUUAGUCCAUCCAGAUCAAUAGGGAAGUGAGGGUGGAAAGAAGACGAAGAGGAGGAAGAAACAAGGGGCGCAACCGGGAUCGUUUACAGUGGCUGUUCCCGAGGAAAUAUAGACUUCCAAAGCCUGGCACCUUUUGUUGCUCACAUGUUCACACUGUAAAAGUGGAUACCGAGGCAAGUCCGUUGCUUUGCGAGGCUGCAGAAGACUCUUCCUCCCCGCUUCCUAUCAACAUGUCUUUCCCUCAGCUGGGAUAUCAGUACAUCCGACCGAUAUACCCGCCGGAGCGCCAAGGGAUCGCCGGCAGCGCCCGGGCCGGGACGGAGCUGAGUCCGUCCGGCGCACUUUCCAACGUCCUCUCCAGCAUGUACGGAUCUCCUUUCGCCGCAGCCGCGCAGGGCUACGGAGCCUUUCUACCUUACUCCAACGAUAUAUCAAUUUUCAAUCAAUUGGGCGCCCAGUAUGAUCUGAAAGACGGCCACGGUGUCCAGCACCCAGGGUUCGCUCCCCCUCACCCUGCUUUUUACCCAUAUGGCCAGUAUCAGUUCGGUGACCCGUCCAGACCCAAAAACGCCACCAGGGAGAGCACCAGCACUCUGAAGGCCUGGCUCAGCGAGCACCGCAAGAACCCUUACCCAACCAAGGGCGAGAAGAUCAUGCUGGCCAUUAUCACCAAGAUGACCCUCACCCAGGUGUCCACCUGGUUCGCCAACGCCAGGAGGCGGCUAAAGAAGGAGAACAAGAUGACCUGGACCCCCCGGAACCGCACCGAUGAAGAAGGGAAUGUUUACACCAGCGACCAUGAGGGGGAGGAGGGGGACAAGAGGGAGGAUGAGGAGGAGAUUGACCUGGAGAACAUCGACACGGAAAAUAUUGAGAGCAAGGACGACUUGGACGACCAGGACGACCUUCACUCGGACAUAAAACUAGACGGAAGGAGUGACUCUGAGAUUUCGGACGGUUAUGAGGAUUUACAAGGGCCGGAUCAAAGGUUUCUGAAGGCUGUGGGGAAGGAGGCCAAGGAGGCGCAGAGAGGCGGAGAGCUCUUCCACGGCCACCAUCACCACCACCCAUCUUUGGACAUCAAGGCGUCCCAACCAAACGCAGAACAGCUCAAACUCAACCAGGUGUCCGUCAGCUCUCCACCUUCAGAGAACAACCCGGCCCCGGCCCAGAAACCAAAGAUCUGGUCCCUGGCAGAGACGGCUACGGCCCCCGACAAUCCGCGCAAGUCGCCGCAGGUGAACGGCAGCGGCUCAGCAGCGACGGGAGGAGGGACGGCCACCCAGACCAUCCUCGGCCCGCACAGACUAAUCUCUUCCUGUCCCGUUGGGAAAAUCCAGAACUGGACGAACCGAGCGUUCUCGGCGCACCAGCUGGCUUUACUGAACUCCAAUCAUUAUCUGGGACUGGCGAACCAGGCCACCGCCACCAGCCUGGCACUGUACAGCAGCAGGCAAACGGAGGACAAGAGUCAUAGUUCAGAGACUCCAGUCACAGGUACAUGUCCCCGGCACUGAGACCCGCAUGUAGAGAAAAAAAAACUAAACUCCAGAGACACUAUUGGCCAUUUCCUGUCAUGCAUUUCUUUAAUUUUAGAUCUCCCUUUGCCUUUUUCUCUCUCUGUCCAGGCCACACAGAUGAUCAGUGUUAAAGUGUUACAGCUAGGAGCAGACAGUGUUUGUAUGUGUGUGUAUGAAAGAUAAAUUGUUGUGAAAAAGCCCUUUACCCUUUUAUAAAAAAAAAGGAAACGAAAGCAUUUAAGAAAAAGUAAUAAAUAUUAAAUUUGUUUAAAAAACAACAACAAAAAACAUUUCCAAAAUUCGUCAUUACAUCGAUUCACAUGUUCAAGAGAGGUUUUUUUGUUGUUGUUCUUUCAAGGCGACUAAUUUUCUAACAAAAGUCAAAGUGGGUUGUGAUAACAGGCAGUAAAAUUAGCGCAAUUUCAUGUUAAUUUUCUGUCCCGCAGUUGAAGAUCUAGUGCCUUUGGAUGCAAAGAAAACGGCAGAUCAAACAGACGGAAGGCUGUCUGGUUUUGACAGUUUUUUUUUUUAAUUUUGAUGCCAUCUCAUUCUUUUCUUUUGUACUGCUUCUUUUGUUUCUAAUGCCAUAUUUAUCCAAAUGAGCUUUGAUUCUUAAAAUUUCAUUCAUCCCCGUGUGUAAGUGUGUGUGUGUGUGAGAGAGAGAGAGAGAGUGUGUGUGUGUGUGUGUGUGCACCGCUUGUGUUAUUCCGUGAAGGCCUCUCUUUACACUCACUUGUUUUGGUCAUGCAAAUGAGCUCAAUGCAAAUUCAUUUCAAGCUCCGUUUUUUUUUCUUACAUUUUUUUUUUGAAAGACAAUUGUCUUUUUUAUCACUUUAUGUUUUAACUCUUCACAAGCCCUUAUUGUUUAUUUUCUCCUCCCCUGCACUGCAUUUUUUAUUUAGCUUUUACCCCUGUGUAUUUCAUUUUUAAAGCUUCAGGACCGACUUAAAACAGCGAUGGUUCCCGGCUCCUUUCCCCCCCUUCCCUCUUCUUCUCAUCUCUUAAUUUGAAAUCGAGUAUGGAAUGUAAAAUAAGAAUAAAAGAUCUCUGUAUAGCCUACUUACAUUGUAAGCAUGUCCC